UCUCCGCCCCUUUACGGCACGAUGGUCGUGCAAGAAUGUGAUAGAGCCUCGACGGCCGCCAUCUUCUUCCUUUCUUAGCAGUUAACCGAGAGCGGCGCCUCCCUCCGCGAGGAAACGGCAGCGUGUGCUGUAGCGUGGGUAUGGCCGACUACUCCACAGUGCCUCCGCCGUCGUCUGGCUCGGCUGGCGGCGGCGGCGGCGGAGUCGUUAACGACGCUUUCAAAGAUGCCCUGCAGAGAGCGCGGCAGAUUGCAGCAAAAAUUGGGGGUGAUGCUGGUACAUCAUUGAAUUCAAAUGACUAUGGUUAUGGGGGACAAAAAAGACCCUUAGAAGAUGGAGAUGGCUCUUGGACAAAUCCGAGCAGUACCACACACUGGGAGGGAAUGCCCUCUCCUUUUAAAGAUCAGCCAGAUGCUAAGAAAGUACCUCCCCAAAAUGACUCUUUUGGAGCACAGUUACCUCCAAUGCAUCAGCAGCAAAGCAGAUCUGUAAUGACAGAAGAAUACAAAGUCCCAGAUGGGAUGGUCGGAUUUAUAAUUGGCAGAGGAGGUGAACAGAUCUCACGAAUACAGCAGGAAUCUGGAUGCAAGAUACAGAUAGCACCUGAUAGUGGUGGCCUACCAGAAAGGUCUUGUAUGCUAACUGGAACACCUGAAUCUGUCCAAUCAGCAAAAAGAUUAUUGGACCAGAUUGUUGAAAAGGGAAGACCAGCCCCUGGCUUUCAUCAUGGUGAUGGACCUGGAAAUGCAGUUCAGGAAAUCAUGAUUCCAGCCAGCAAAGCAGGACUAGUUAUUGGAAAGGGGGGCGAGACUAUUAAACAACUUCAGGAACGGGCUGGUGUUAAAAUGGUAAUGAUUCAAGAUGGGCCUCAAAACACUGGUGCUGAUAAACCUCUUAGGAUUACGGGUGACCCAUACAAAGUUCAGCAAGCCAAGGAAAUGGUAUUAGAGUUAAUUCGUGAUCAAGGUGGUUUCAGAGAAGUGCGGAAUGAGUAUGGCUCAAGAAUAGGAGGCAAUGAAGGGAUAGAUGUCCCAAUUCCAAGAUUUGCUGUUGGCAUUGUAAUAGGAAGAAAUGGAGAAAUGAUUAAAAAAAUACAAAAUGAUGCUGGUGUUCGAAUUCAGUUUAAGCCAGAUGAUGGAACAACACCUGAUAGGAUAGCACAGAUAACAGGACCUCCAGACAGGUGUCAGCACGCUGCAGAAAUAAUCACAGACCUUCUACGAAGUGUUCAGGCUGGCAAUCCUGGUGGACCGGGACCUGGUGGUCGAGGACGAGGUAGAGGUCAAGGAAACUGGAAUAUGGGGCCCCCGGGUGGACUCCAGGAGUUUAAUUUCAUUGUGCCAACUGGGAAAACUGGACUGAUCAUUGGAAAAGGAGGUGAAACCAUAAAAAGCAUAAGCCAACAGUCUGGUGCAAGAAUAGAACUGCAGAGAAGCCCUCCACCUAAUGCAGAUCCCAAUAUGAAGUUAUUUACAAUUCGGGGCACUCCACAGCAAAUAGACUAUGCUCGACAACUCAUAGAAGAGAAGAUUGGGGGCCCAGUAAAUCCUUUAGGGCCACCUGUACCCCAUGGGCCCCAUGGGGUUCCAGGUCCUCAUGGGCCUCCUGGACCUCCAGGGCCGGGAACUCCAAUGGGACCAUACAACCCUGCACCUUACAAUCCAGGACCACCUGGCCCAGCUCCUCACGGUCCUCCAGCCCCAUAUGCUCCCCAGGGAUGGGGAAAUGCGUAUCCACAUUGGCAGCAACAGGCUCCUCCUGACCCAGCCAAGGCAGGAGCAGAUCCAAACUCGGCAGCUUGGGCUGCUUAUUAUGCUCACUAUUACCAGCAGCAGGCACAACCCCCACCUGCAGCUCCUGCCGGUGCACCAGCUACAACCCAAACGAACGGACAAGGUAACUACGGAGAUCAGCAGGCUCCAGCUCCAGCUGGACAGGUUGAUUAUACAAAGGCUUGGGAAGAAUACUACAAGAAAAUGGGUCAAGCAGUUCCUGCUCCUGCUGGGGCCCCACCAGGUGGUCAGCCGGAUUAUAGUGCAGCCUGGGCUGAGUACUAUAGACAGCAAGCAGCGUAUUAUGCCCAGACAAGUCCCCAGGGGAUGCCGCAGCAUCCUCCAGCACCUCAGGGAUUUGCAAAUCAUGCAAGAAGCCACCAUCAUUUAUAUUAACCAGUUUUUCUUUCUUAAAGGAUUCACUCCUGAAUUAGCUCCAUUUAAAGGAUUUUCUUUAACUUUUUGUGUAUCUCUUAUGUAUCUCUUCUGCACAGGGCCAAUAAUAAGAAGUGGACAAUACAGUAUUUGCUUCAUUGUGUGGGGGAAAAAACCUUUGUUAAAUAUAUGGAUGCAGACGACUUGAUGAAGAUCUUAAUUUUGUUUUUGGUUUAAAGUAGUGUUUUUUUCCCCCCCUUUUUUUUUAUUUUGAAAAUGUACAAAAUAACUAUCACUACUGAUAGGAGGUUAAUAUUUCUGUGUAGAAAUGAAAAUUGGUUUGUUUUUAGUCUUUAGUGUAGAUGUACACAUUCCAGCAAAUGUAUUUGCAACUAUUAUGUGGUCGAUGCUUUGUGAUAUAAAUGUACUUUUUCAAUGUAUACUUUCACUUUUAAAAUGCCUGUUUUGUGCUUUACAAUAAAUGAUAUGAAACCUCCUGUGUCGGUAAGUUGGAUAUGUGGGUAAAGGAUUCAUAGUUUCUUAGCAGUGAUAAAUUAAGAUACAUGUACACGAAUAUAUAAGCUUUCCCCAUGAAUUACUGAGUUUUUAAACACUGGCAUGUUUUUUCCCCUGUUGGAGUAUAGUGGUAGAUUGGAGGUUCUUUUCUGUUGUAUUUGGCUAUUUCAGCACAAGUAAUCCUGAUAUUUUCAUGUUUUUCCUUCUAUUUGAUUAAAAACUGCAUGUGUAUACAAUGAUCUUUAGUAUACUUCCAUUGCAUUAACAGUGACAUUUCCUUUUAUACAUGAGCACUAUUUCAGACCUGUACCGCUGCUACAACAGUUAACCUUCCUGUUCUUCACUUAUUUCCGAGACUGUUUCAGCAUAACUAAUUUUGAACAGUUUGCAGACAGUGAUUUGAGGAGUUUAUAAGAAACAUUGUUUUUUUCAUGUAAAGCAACUCUUUCCAUGUAUAUAUAUAUAUUAUAAUAGUGUGUUUCUCUCUAAAUUCAGGAUAGAAAAGUAAUAGAAUGUGAAAGUAUAGCUACAUUGCAUCUGCCAUUGAAACAUUUGGGGUAUGAAAAUGUUCAAGCUUUUUUUUUCUUUUUGCAGUAUAGAUAAGCUUUGUCUUGUAAUUGCACAAGUCCAGUCAUUGAAUCAAAUUAAUUUUUUUAUGUACUGAAUCAUUUUAUUAAUCUUUAACAUUCAUGCUGAAGUUCUGAUAUUUUGUUGAAAACCAUUGUUUUACUCUGCAUAUUUGUUGGCUCUUUGCAUAUUAAUAUAUUAGACUACAUGCAAAUACAGUCUGUCUUGCCAUUGUCUGUUGAAGUGCAGGUUUGAUCCAGCCAGUAUAGAACUAGCUCUGUAGGGGUGAGGAGGACUGUGCUGUGUAUCAUCCUUGAUUGUGUUCCUUCAAGGAGCAUUGCACUGUAAGUACAUCAGAGUGACAAAUUGAUGAACUGCAACAGUGUCUUUUUGUCGAUGUUCCACAUAAUGCAAUUGCUAUAUUUUGUGUGACUAUUAUGUUGGAAUACAGUGCUGUCAUGGGAAACCAUAACUGCUUCUUAACAUAGAAUAAUACAUAGUUCUGUAUUUUUUUUAAGUGAGCUUAAUGGGUAAGUAUUUUUGAUAUGCUUUAGCUAAUAGCUAAAGAAAAUUGAUCAGUAACAAAGUUGAAUAGUAUUAUCAGUGCUCCUAAAAUGCUGUUUUUCAGUGUAAAAUAUGCCUAUCUUUUAUAGUGAUAUGAAAAACUUGAAAUGUUUAAGACAGAAGUGCUUUUCAGUUUGCAAAGUUUAAGGACUUAACGCCUUUUCAUUAAAUGUUAGUUCUAUCAUCUGUGGGGAGCACCAUUUGUAUGAGGACAAAAAUGUUGAGGUUAUAGGGCAGAAAAUAGUACAGCUCAUUGUGGAUGUUUUGAAAUGUUUUUUGAUUGUUUUAUGUAACUUAGUGACUUCCCUUCCCCUUAUUUAGAUCUGGAUGCAUAGCUCUAGUAUGAAGUUUAAUAGUAAUAGUUAAGGCCUUACCUGUUAAGAUCUUAAGUGUAGGGUAUUGACAUGAACAGUUUCAGUAUUUUGCAUGAUAUUGUUGCAUAGAUGACCUAGGAAAGUGUUGUGGUGCAUUUAGUAAUUAAACUGAAGGAAAUAGUUGGAUUCAGUAUCAUAAUUCACAAAUUGGAGGCUGUUGAUUUUGAUUCGUUUAAAAUUUAAAAUCUUUAUUAAUUGCAAACAGUGCAAUUAUUUAUACUUCACAGUGCCUUCCCAGACCUUCCACCUUAGGUUCUGCUGCAAAAAGCAACAGGUAAGCACAACCUAAGGCCAUCUCUAUAUAAAUAUAUCAGUACAUACAUGUUGUCCCUGUGAGGUUUGUGGUUGUGUACUCACUCAAGCAAUCUGCUGCUGCCGCUGCCCCAAAUGUACUUUGUUAUUUAUGGUACCAUUCUAGUGGAAAGUCUGUUAAGUUGUUCAAGCAACUGUUUACAAUUUUGGGUGAUGUUUUGUUUUUGGUUUUUUUGGGUUUUUUUUUUCCCCAUUAAAAUGAGUAGAUUGCUGCAAUAACUGAAAAACAUCCAAAUCUUUUUGUGCACCCCUCCUCUCCCAGAGUUAUAGAAAUGUUUAAGAACACUUCAGUAGUUGAGACAUAGGAAAUCAUUUGGUCAGAAAUUUCAACAGCCUUCACAGCCCGUUUGUAUGAGUAACAGGAAAUUCUCUUUGCCCUCCAAAUCUGAUCUUUUUAUAGUUUUAUUUUUAUUAUUUUUCCCCUGUAUUAGUACUGCUUUAAAGUACAGUAAUUCAGUGAGAUCGUUUUGGUUCAGUUUCAUAGACAGUUCUAUUUUCAUGACUUGUAUUUGCUGACAAGGAAGAAUAAAGAAUACUGGCAGUAAGUUUUGGGAAAGGCAUGUGCAUCAGUGAAAUGUUACUUGUAUAACAAAUAACCUUUCAUAAUCUGCAUAACCAGUAGUUUCUGAUUUAUAAUAUUUUAAUAACUGACUGCAUUUAUUUUUGCCAGUUUAAAAUGUUUUGUGUUCUUAGGAUUGAUGUUUAGUGCAUAUUUUGAGUUAAAUGACUAUCUUAAAGCAGCACCAUAUCAGUUGUUUUUAUUCAUUUUCUAAAAUGUGCUGAUCCUAUUAAAAACUCCUGCUUAUCUUUUACAACAAAGAAAAAUAUUCAAAAAUACUGCCUUCAUUUUCACACACAGUGCUGAAGAUGCUGCAAGCACCAAAUCAUAGCUCAUAAAAUCAGGUCCUGAGAUAGUUACCCAUAAAGAGGAAUCCUUUGAGUGUAUGCCAUUGGUGAGCCGAUGAGCAUGGACCAUAGAAGGGCUCAAUGUAGAAGGUAAAAUUGGCAAAUCAUAAUUGAGAAAUAUGACUGUGUUCCCAUACAUAAUAUGGUAUAGGGUGUAAUGUACCUGCUCUUGAUCACUUUCAUUUUAAAGUGCUAUUCACUUAAAUGUUCCAUGAAUUGUUUAUUGCACCACAGUUUGUGUGUGUGUGUGUGUGUGAGAGAGAGAGAGAGAGAGAGAGAAAUAGGUCAGAUCAGUAUGUUGCAAGCAGAUCUUUAGAGCCUGUCAAGUUUUGGUUAGUUGUAGUUUCCAUUUGGAAAUGUAGAUGAAUGCUUGUAGAUAUUGGAGAUUGUUUCUAUCUUGUAAGAACUUUUCACUGGUGCUGUAAGCAUUUCAAAUAGCACCAGUCUUAACCUUUAAAUGGGAAGUAGAAAAGGUGAGCCCAAAGUUUACAGAUGAUUUUAAUGCUAUACAUGUUAGUGUAGUGAUACUUAGAAUGCUUUGUUUGAUGUUUAUUUCAGAAAUGCGUAUACUAGAAAAUCAUUUUAAUAUUAAAACUGGUGACUUAAUACUAGUUGUAAAGUGUUUUCUUAAAGAAGGAUCUUGGUACUUAAUUGAUAAAGUGGGUUUAGAUAGGAGUAGCAAGUGCUCUCGAUAGAGAAAGUUUUUGUUCACUUCAAUACUUUGUCAUUACAACCAGUUCUUCCUGAAAAUAGUUACAUGUCUAGUAAAUUGAUGUAGAAUUAACUCGCUGGAGAUAAUCUCAUUUUAGUUCUGCAAAUUCUGCCUGGCUUUAAAAUGCAUUUUCAUAAUACUUAGAAAUAAUUUGACUGAAAAUAACUGCUUUUUUAUUUAAUCAGUCAAUCAACUUUUACUACAAAUUUAAUUGAGGGAUUUUUUAAUUUAAUUGGUGCUUUAAAGAAGCAAAUAAAUCCCUGGGUUUUGUUUUCUUCAGUAAAUAUCCUAAAGAAACUCUUUAAUGUAUUUGCGAGUAUAUAUAUAUUUUCUUAUGCAUGCUCGAUGCAUUUUCGUCCUGAGAAAAGUGUUCUCUACAGAAACUACCCGUGUGUUAAAAGAAGAUUGGCUUAAAAUGGCUACUGUGAUGGGAACAGUGUCUUAGGGAGAUGCAGCUUGGACUUGAGGUAAAUUGAAUACUUUACAAACUGGCUUAGAGUUUUGCUUUAAUGUCAUUAUAUGUAAAAGGGCACAUGAUUAUUGUAAUUUUGUAUUCUUUAUGGUUUCCUUAAUUAAAAUAAUAAAUGUACAGUGAUUACUAUGA